AUGGGGAUAUCGCUGUCAAAAAACCACUUUCGCUCGAACAAAAACAUCGACCGCGCGUUCAAAAACGGCUCCUCGUUCCACCCUUCGUUUGACGUGGAAGCUGUCGUGACGAACAACGGCGGGUCGAUGAACGAAACAUCGAUCGACAGUUGCGCGAACUUUUUAAACAAAGCGACCGGAAAAUCCGUGAGCGUGCCCGAGGAAGAGGUGAGAGAUGUGCACGCGGAGGAGGUUUUGAAGACGCACGUGAUCGACGAGAAGAACUUUCUCGGCGUGCCGACGGCGUUAGAUGAGAACGAUAUGGAUUCGCCGCUGAGUCAUUACUUUAUAAAUUCCAGUCACAACUCGUACUUGGAAGGGAACCAACUCACCGGGGUAUCGAGCGGGAGAGCGGUGAAAGAUAUUCUACUACACGGCGGUCGCGUGAUUGAGUUGGAUUGUUACGACGGACCGAAAGGAACGCCGAUAGUCACGCACGGUGGGACGGCGUGUAAACCGGUUGAUCUUCGCAAGUGUUUAGAAGCGAUUAAGGAGUUUGGUUUCGCGAAAACGCCGUAUCCGGUCAUCGUGACUUUCGAGAACCACGUGAACGUGGAACAGCGGGGAGUUAUGGGCGAUUUGUUGGAGGAAAUUUUCGGCGAUGCGAUGUUGUACCGACCGCCGGAAGGUGCCGGGACGAAAGAGGAGUGGCCGAGCCCGAACCAGUUAAAAGGUAAAGUAGUCAUUCGAGACAAGUUGAAGCACAAGCAAGAUUCCGCCAAAAAAGGUGAUUCCGGGAAGAAGAAGAAGUCAAAUAAGCAUUCGGACAAGGAGAAUCCGGCGGUUUUGAAAACGUCCAAGACGUUAGCGCCGGAGUUACACUCGUCCAUCAUGGAUAACGAGGACGACGAGGAUUCCGAGGAGGAAGACGACGCUACCGUGGAAGAGAGUAACGCCGCGGACAAGUUGAAAAAUCUCGUCGCCGUCGGCAACGCAAAGUUUCACGGGUUCGACGAAGCGCACAAAUGGCUCGGAGUAAAAUCAUGCAGUUGGAACGAGAAGAAAGUUGAGAAGAUGGUCAAGAAAGCCAGCGCGAAUGAUUCCGAGUAUAAAGAUUUGUUAGCGUUCACGAAGAAGCACUUGUUGAGAUGUUACCCGGGCGGUUUGCGAGUCUUAUCAGACAACGCCGAUCCGAACGCCGCGUGGUCCGUUGGUGCCUCCUUAGUCGCAUUGAACUUUCAAGGCAUGGACAGACCAAUCUUUAUGAACCGAGGUAAAUUCGCCGAAAACGGUGGCGCCGGCUACGUCAAGAAACCGAAGUUUCUCUUGGAGGGAAAAAAAUCCGGCGCGUUGCCGAAGAAAAUUUCAUUCAACAUCCUCGUCGGCUCUGGAUGGGAGGCGUUCAAAAACGCCGAUCUCGUCGGUGCCCCAGACACGUACGUCAAAGUCUCCAUCUGCGGUAAAAACGGUUCUUCCGGUCAAACCAAAGUCUUCUCGGAAGCUCGCGUCGGCCCGAAAGCGCAACCGAUUUGGAACGAAAAAAUCGAACUCGAAUCCAAAUGCCCGGAACUCGAUUUAGUCCUGUUCGAGAUCUUCGACCAAGACCCAGACGCGGACGAUUUGUUAGGUUAUUACUGCUGCUCCGUUGAAAGCUUGCAAAAAGGCUUGAAGUGCGUCCCGUUGUACGACAUGUACGGUCACCACUGCAUGUACACCGGUAAGAAGCGCCCGGAGCUCUUCGGCGAGUGCGCGUCGAUUUUAGUCGAAUGCAGUUACUAA